GUGGCCUUGCUAUCUGCCUAGGCCACGGUGGUCCCUUCCAUUUCCCAUCAUCUCCUACUUUGCCUUGCCUACCUACCUUACCUAACAAGCUAUCUACGGUACCACCUGCACCCCCAAGGCGCCGUGUUAUGUCUUCCACAUCGACUGGAGCGCGUCCUUCAAUUAUAAUACUCCUCCUCUGAGAGGGCCUUGCUUGCAAGUUCAUCCAACAUACCAUUCCAUUCGUACAUCAAUUGAAAUUUCCAAAAUGCGUUACCAGGAUUGGGAUGUUCUUGUGUUCCCUGAUGUGUGCAAGAUUCCUCUACAAGAGUUUAAGACGAGCUGCCAUGUUGUCCCAGACCCUGAAUCUCACGGGUCGCUGAACAAUCCAUUCUUACUUCCAACAGUGACAUCUUUCAUACCUAGCUUGUCCGCCGGAGAUGCUUUCCGUAUUUCUAUUCAUUGUUGGCAGAAUCCGGAGAUAAGCCGAUACGUUCGGCUCCUGAGCAAGCCCUCCGAUGAUAUCGUUUUCGAGGCACGACUCUUUGUCGACGGUAGGAUUGUUGGCUCUAAGUGGUUCAAUCACGACGGACCAUGGCCGUCAGUUAUCGAGCUGAGCAUUGAUUUAAACAAGAAUGGCGACUUUGAGAAAUUGAAGUUUCCAACAUUCCAUAAGGAACUCCUCUUACAGAACUACUGGAAUCCAGGGGACGAUCUCGGCCGUAUCAAAGUCGUGAUUGCAGAGGGAUUCUCUCGUGAUAACAUGACAUACCCAUUUGAACGAAUCAAGAACAUAGUCUCGUUCUCGUUCCAGCAUGCUCCUCUAGAUGUCCUGGAGACCUCUUGUAUUGCUUGGCCAAAUGCUACUAUGUGGCGCCAAGUACCUCUUCUUGCGCCCUACCUCGCACAACAAGUUUCACCAAAGCAGAGCAGUGAUGGAGUCGAAACUCACAGUCAUUCGCCCCGCCAUGGGCCUGCCCCUAUACAACCUCCACCGCCUAUUGCCAGCCUUGGCCCGAUCAAUCCCCCAAAUGUCCUAGCAUAUCCACGACAGUCGGCUCGUGACCUAUCCACAGAAGCAGAAGCAGAAGUAGAACAAGAGCUAGAGCAAGAACAGCCCCCCGUGGGAUGGCAUAGACCACGUCGAGCAUCGUCCACAGCUGAUGUCUCCAUGCCUGAUUACUCCAAACCAAAUACGGGGACAAACAGUAGCCGGCAUGUAACGGAUCCAAUGGUUGUAUCAGAAAAUGAAAGAUCAGAACGUCGGUUUCAGUCACUGCAAAAUGCUGGCGCAUACGAGUCAGUUUGUGAAGCUCUUUCAAUGCCCUCUGCGCCAUCCAACACACCCGCGGAGCCGACACCCGUGGCUGCCACUCGAACGUCGUCAGGUAGAUUCCGCAGUCCUUUCAAGGCAGAACCCACCGAGACGGAUCCUAUCGGAGAAUUGAUUAUAAACAGCGCCAAAAGCCAAAAGGAGAACGUUCAAGAUCACUGUCCAUUUUCCGAAUUGAGCUCGGCAACCCAUGAAGGGACUGGUCGCAGAAACCCGCAACCCUUCUCGACGACGAGUAGCGGAACAAAGAGACAGAGAAUUGCUUCCAAGGUCAUUGAUGUUGAAGACGAGCCAAGAAGUUCACCCUCACUAAGAAAGAUAUCCCGUGGGAAUACAUUGCAGGAUGGCAACGAGUGUGAAAAGAGGAUCCUCGGCGAAAUUGAGAAUAUACGCUGAGGAUGUCAUCGGGGGUCUAAGCGAUACCUAUACCCUGAUGUGAUGUGGGUGCGCGAGAUCGGAAGUGCUGAACAUACCCCGUUGCCUUAUUAGCAGACGAGCAGCCUUUUAUCCCUUAAACAGUUGUCUACACCAUAUGUAGACAGGUCGAUUGAAUUACAGAGAAGACAGGAGGGAAUCACGGGGACAUUCUUUUGUGUCGGCAAAGCAUUAUCACAUUAUGUCCAGU